AGAAGAAGCAGAAGAAGAAGAAAAAGACCCUACAAGCAUCACCAUUAACGAAGAAAUAGGGCGACGUAGCGUUUUGUUAAAAAAAAAAGUGUCAAAAUGUUGAGAGAUUUGGUAAGGGAGCGACUAAUUGCGGCGGCUGAUGAAAUCUUUGGACUGUUUGAAAGAACGAUAUCGUCGUACGAGGAGCAACUUUGUCGGGCGAAAGAAGAGACCGAGCGCCACCGACGGCAGCUAGCAGCUUUUUCCAAGGCACAUACGGUGUUGCGCUUACAAGAUGUCCAGCUGCUCACCGGUCAUCAAGUCCAACAACUUUCCACUCAGCUGCACUUGGGCACCACGAGUUUGGAGCAUCCACAGACGCCCCACAUUAAAGUUGAAGUGGAGGAGGAGGAUCUCAGCACUGUUGCCAGGAAGAGCAAAGAACAACCGCACGAGUCACCACAUAUGAUUUCUGAGACCAGUGGACACCACAGUGGGGCACGGCAAGAAGAACACAUCUUUGCUCCGUUGUCAGACAGCGGCGACAUUGAAGAACUUUUGAGGAGCGGUACAGACUCUGAAGACGACUUUGUGGCGGCCUCCAGUUUUGAACAUUCUCAGCGGCCCCACGUUAAGCAGGAACAGGAGGCUGGCGUCAGCGAGUUGCUGUUGACCGAUGCCCUCGUGAAGAAAGAAGACGACGACACAUCGCCCGACUGGUCGCCGCCCGAUCAUCACAGUCCAGGGCCGCGCAUGCGGCCCCACGUGAGCACCCACAGCGGAGAGAAUUCCUUCCACUGCUCGCUUUGCGGUCACAGAUUCUCUCGAAAAAUUCACCUGGCGUCGCACAUGAAGACGCACAGGCGAGUUAAACCGUUUAGCUGCUUGAUUUGUGGUGAAGGAUUCAGUUCAAAUGUUGCUUUGAUUUCACACACGGUAACGCACAAUGUUGACAAAUAUUUCAUGUGCUACACUUGUGGUAAAAACUUCUCCUGCAAGAGAAACUUAAAUGAGCACAUGCAGACACAUACAGAAAACUCUUUUAAAUGUUCAGUUUGUGAUAAGAGAUUCACUCAGAAGGUAAACCUGGAGUGGCACAUGAAAACACACCCGGAAGAAAACGUUUUCACAUGCUCGUUUUGCGGCAAAACCUUCUCUCAAGAGUCCGCCUUGGUGGCACACGUGCAAAUUCACAAGGGAGAAAAACCCUUUGCUUGUUUGGUGUGCGGGAGGAGGUUCUGUCUCCAGACAAACAUGGUGUCACACAUGAAAACACACAUGGGGGGGAAAGCCUUUUAAUUAGAUCUGAAUUCAAAAUCUAGUUUAUUUGUAGCCCCGUUGCGCUGCGUUUGUCGCUGUAUAAGUAUCUGACCAACAGCGGUUGUGGAGCUUGUGCACCUUCGUCGCCAGAGUCACAUGACUGGGCAUAUUGACGGUCUAGCAAAGUAUUCUUCAAUGCUAAGUCGGUUGGAGACGGCACGAAAAUGUCUUAUAGCACGACGCCCAGAGUUUUGUCCAAUAAAGUUAAACAUUUAGGAGGUGAUAAUAAACGAAGGUACUUGGAAAAAUAACAGACACUUGGCAUAGAGGACCCAUACUUAAUGCCGAAAUUGAAAUUUUCGCCAAUUAGAAAUCGGACUGUUAACCCGCUUCCGCUUGUCUUGGUCUCUGGAUCUACACAUGUAUCUGGAAGAGUUUGAAAGCCUAGAAAGGUCUGGACGCAUACAAAUACUUCGUUGCGGGAUCUGUUCUCAAGAAUAAAUCCAACAUAGUGAUGGAGACACUCAGAUUUUUUCCAUACAAAUACCAAUAUUUAAAUAAAUGACCCCUGGUUUUACACAAACUCGCAGUCAUCAACUAUGGUUGGGAAAAAAAAAUUGGGACAGGGAGUUGUCUCCUCCGUAGACGUAAGCCUAUUGCUGCCACACCUUAAACUUUGGUCAACUUCUAUGUGACGGGCUUUCUUUUUUUUUUUUUUUUAAUAUACAUUGUUCUCAAAUGACUCCAAUGCGUAUUUAAAAAAAGAAAAUAAACCGCUGGGAUGGGCUUCAGCACCCGGACACGGAAGUGUGUUGCAGCCACACAUUGCGCUUAGGUAAACCUCUGUGUAACCGAUGGUCUUUUUUUAAAUACGCAUGGGACUCAUUUGAGAACAAUGUAUUUUAAAAAAAAAAAAAAAAGUCUGUCAAGAGUUGUUUACCGAAGUUUUAACGUGUGGCCGCAACACGCUUCCGUGUACGUUGGAGACGACUCCGAGUCUUUUUUUUUUUUUUUCUAAACCCAUUGUUCUCAAAUGAGUCAACUUGGCGUUAUAAAUACUUCUUGGUAAUUUGAGAUUGAAAAGAAUAAUUCGUACCUGAAAUGAAGUCAUCGCUACACGGUCGUGUGUAUUUGGUUGGGCACCAUCCAUCACGUUUAAUUGCCGAAAUCCAUUGAUCUUUUCUCGUCUUUUCAGCUCGUAUUCCAGAAAAGGAUAUCUUUGAAUAUCUGCUUCGUCUGUUGUAACAACCAACAGCACAAGAAGUUCCGGCAUUGUAAAUAUUCUGCUCCGGUUCAAUGUGCCCCACACUGUCUAGCAGUUCUUUUUGACCGGCAAUAUGACGCCAUGAAAAUAAUGACGUCACGUGCACGAGCUCUAUUGUGGGACACACAACACAUAAUGUCUAGAUCAUACUUAUUCAUCCAUCCAUUUUCCAAGCCACUUAUCCUCACAAGGGUCGCAGGAGUGCUGGAGCCGAUUUUAGCUAACUUUGGGCAAAAAGCGGACAAUACCCCGAACUGGUCCCCAGUCAGUCGCAGGGCACAUAUCGACACCAUCGCUGAGCGGGAAUCGAUCCCACAGCUGCUUGCACCAAAGUCAGGCAAAUGGUUUCCUUAGCUUUCUAAAACUGUUAUGGUGGUUCUUGCCACACUCCCAAACUUAAUUAUUAAAUUACAGAAAUCGAUGUACUUUUACACCAGUUAUUGUCUUCCCCUUUCUGACUGGUGACAAGUCCAGACUGGAGUAUGUCUUUUGGCCCAAGUGGGCCUGGGCUUCAACUCACUGUGACUCAGGACAGUCAAAUGUCUUGUUUGUGCCUCCCGUAUUUUAAAAUAAAGGCAAUUUGGA